ACCAGAGACAGAGCACAUUCCUGCCCAGCCGUCCCCCGAUGCCUCGGUUUUCUCUCUUCUUAUACUCAGCAUUUGAGGAGAUUUAGCGCUUUAAAAAAAAGUAACAGAGACGAGAGUAAACAGCGAUGAAACCAGCUCCUCAGAGAGAGGAGGGAGAUUUUUUAGCGUCUCAGUUCUGAUUAAAUAAUAUGAGAAAUCUUCUGGUUUUUGUCCUUGUUGUUCUCUUGAUAAGUGGGACACUUCAGAAAAAAGAAAAGAGAAGAAGAAGAAUGAAACAGUCCAACAGCUCUGUUGUUGGGCCCCGGACAUUUAAAGGGGAUCUACUCAAUCUAACAAAGUCUGACUUUGACGCCACCCAGGAUCUGUUUUCAUCAGAUGACCCUCCAGCUCUGGCCCUCCUAAGCAGCGGCACCAUAGCCUACCUCAGCGGCCCUCUGAGCACCCUUGUCAUCCCCAUCAUUUAUAUGUUAGUGGUUGCCGUAGGGAUCCCAGCCAAUGUCUGCAUCUUGUGUUUGCUCGCAUCUAAAAUCAGGAAGGUGUCCUCCGCCAUCCUCUACUGCAGCCUGGCCGUCUCCGACCUCCUCCUCCUCCUCUCCCUCUUCUUUAAGGCUCACUACCAUCUCUAUGGCAACCACUGGGUUUUCGGAGAGACUGCCUGUCGAGUGGUCACGGCCUGUUUCUACGGCAACCUGUACUGCUCUGCCAUGACACUGACCUGCAUCAGUAUCAAGCGCUACCUGGCCGUGGUCUGCCCGUUCCUGUACAAAGGCCUCCCCAAGAGGAUGUGCACCGCAUGGGUCAGCUUGGCCGUGUGGGGGAUGUUUGGUGCCGCCAUAAUCCCAGAGCUCCUGGUCCAGCAGACCUACUGGCUGCCCGAGCUGAACCACACCACCUGCCAUGACGUGCUGCCCCUGGACCACGGCUCUCAUAAGUUCCUGCUCUACUACAACCUGGCCCUCACGGUGCUCGGUAUUGUGGUGCCACUGGUUGUCACGGCCGUGUGCUUUGUCCGAAUCAUCAGAGAGCUCAACCGAUCGCAUUACGACUGGGCGAUGUACAUCAAGGCCAGCUCGCUGGUGUUUGGGAUCUUCCUGGUGUGCUUCCUCCCUGCUGGACUCACGCACUUCCUCCAUUAUGUGCGGCUGUUUGUGGAUGGAACUGAGAGUCUGUACGUGUACUUUAACUUGGCAGUGUGUCUGUGCUGUCUCCACGCCUGCCUGGACCCAUUCCUCUUUAUCGUCAUGUCCAAGUCUGCAGGAUCCAGGCUGUACUUCAUGACUUUCAAAGGGAAGACCCUGAGCAUAUCAGUCUGAUGGAGACUUUGAAAGAGGAAAUCUUCUCUGUGGCUGGAAUCCAAGAGAGAAACUAACUUUAUGUUAUUCAUGUGAAACUGGCAAUGGAUUUGUCCUUUAUUAUUCUAACUGGAUUUAGAUGUGGCUUUUUUUUUUCAAAGUGAACAUAAUUGUGACAUUAUAAUAGAAAUAUAUAUGAAAACGUAUGAAUAUCCAUCCAUCCAUUAUCUAUACCUGCUUUAUCCUUUGCAGGGUCACGGGGGUCUGCUGGAGCCUAUCCCAGUCAGUGUUCUGUAUAAAAUAGAGAUAAUGUUGGUAUUUGUAGAACAACGUAGAUUUCACUUAUUUUAACCAACGGCUUCAUAAAAAAGGAAGAAAAAAAGUUACAUUACCACUUUACAAAACACAACUAAGUAGUUAUUUAGCAUAAAUUACAAAAGAGCCUUGGUGGCCCUCUAAUUGCCAAAUAGUGCUUUCACAAAUGAGCUGCACGCAGCUUCAUAAACUGAGACUUAAAUGUCCAACACCACAGCAGAACACGUUCACAGCCUUGUACAAAGUGGUUGUCUCUAACUCACGUCUUUUAUGACUCACGUCAGAAAGAUAAUAGCUUGGACAAAAUCCUUAUGGAUUUCUCCACCGUCACCACGACCCAAUCAAAAUGUAUUUCUCACCUGAAAGCAUCCGGCGCUGGUGACCGGACGGCUGGUGACCGGACGGCCAUGGAUAACACCACCCUGCAGUGGACCAGCAUUAAUACGUUUUAUGUUUGUAUUUGUUUUAUGUAAAGUCUUGGUGUUGCAUUCUAUGCAUGAAAGGUGCUUUAUAAACAAAGUUUUAUUUGAUUUUGAAAGAAUUAAAAUAAAAUGUGAGCGCUGUACUCUGUUUAAGGUUUGUUGGAUAAGAUGGUUGGAUUCUAAUGACACACACACAGUCACAGACGAUCAAGCAGAGUUUUUAUUUUACUGUUUUGUGAGAGAGGCCCUCGGCAUUUACAAGGGUUAACAGAAUACUCAGUUGCAUGUCUCAGUAGUUGCACAAACAGAGGAACAAAAUAUUUACAGAUCUGCUGCAGCUGUGUUGAAUUAAUCUUUCCUGGCACUGAAUCUCUGAACCACUUCCCACCACUACAACAACUUUACUUAGCCAAUACUUGGUCAUUUAUCCGCUUCCACAAGUAAACGAAUGUCUUAUUGUUAUGGCUAAUCAACAUAAAAGAUGUUUAAAAAUGACAACUUUUUUUUUUUAAGUAAUUCUGUUAAUGUUAAAGUUCAGGGUUCCGGUGAUGACGUCAUACUGAGAGGGUUGAGGUUGUAUCGCUCCUGACGCAAAUCCCCUUAAAAGUUAUAUUUUACAUUUAUAUCAGGGAUAUUCAAUUGGCGGCCCGCGGGCCACAUGCGGCCUGCCAGGAGCUUUUAUGUGGCCCCUAGUCAUAUUUCAAAAAAGGGGGUGUUUGUUGAAAUUUUUUUUUUUUUUUUUUU